AUGACGAUUGAAACUAAUAAUCAGGUAAAUUUUUCCGAUUUUUCGCCCCUUAAGGGAUCACUUUGAGGUCGAAGAAGCCGAAAAACAGCAAUACGGCGAGAAAUUGCUCGACCGGACGAGUUUCUUCACGGAAUUCUCCACGAAUGCCUAUCUGGAUGUGGGUUUUUCUCUAGCUUCUCUGGAUUCUCGAGGAUUUUUGUGCUCUCUCGGAAUUUCUCUAACCUCUCUAAAUUCUUGAUAUGUCUCAUAAUCAGCAACUUCCUGGUCCCUAUAGGGGUUUAAGGCCUGGCCCCUUAGCCCCUAAAACUCAAGUGGACCCUAGAGGGGUAACAGUUAUCGACUAGCAUGACCCCUAUAGGGAACACUUUUGCAAGCCUUAGUGGCCACUAUAGGGGUUGGUAUCUAGAGAGGACCCUUCAAGGGCCCCUAUAGGGACCAUUUUCGCAAACCUUAGUGGCCACUAUAGGGGUUGUUAAAGUGGUAUCUAGAGAGGACUUUUCAAGGGCCCCUAUAGGGACCACUUUUGCAAUCCUUAGUGGCCCCUAUAGGGAAAUUAAAGUGGUAUAUAGAGAGGACCCUUCAAUGACCCUAUAGGGGCCACUCUGGCGCUGCUAAGUCUCUUCAAAUUUUUUUUUCUUCACUGAUGUUCUUGCCAGACGUCACUGAUCAUCUACAGCUCCAAGAACUGUCAUUUUUUUUCCAGGACUUCUACACAAAAGUCGAUGAUCCGGCCAUGCAAAUGGUCCUCACGUUCUUCCCGAACAUUGUCGCCCGAGUCGGCAAAAUCCAUCGCCUUCUCGAUUUUGGAGCUGGACCAACUAUCCACAUCGCCGCCGCCUAUCGCAAUCAGGCCGAUGAGGUUUGGAAUUUGGAAAAAAAAAUUAUAGCAGAUUCCAGAAGAAUUUCAAAAAGGGACCUGAGAAGUUAGUUAAACUGAAAUUUGAAGAGGGCUAACUUACUAAAAAAAAACUCUAGAGUGGUCCCUAUAAGGGUAACCUUUUGGACCCUUUAGGGACCACUUCACCUCUUAAUUUUCAAACCUCAACAAGGAAUAAAAAGAUCCCUGUAGGGAUCACUUAAGAUUCAGAGGCCUAGGAGUCAAACUAUAAAUCACUAUAGGGACUACUCAAUUUUUACCACUAUAGGGGCCAUUUUUUGUCCCCUGUGGAAGACCCCAAGACCGUUCUAGGGAUCACUUAAGCUUUAGGGGCUUUGGAGUCAAGCUCACUAUAGGGAAUACUCAAAUUUUACCACUAUAGUGGCCAUUUUUCGUCCCCUACUAGUCAUGUCUUCCUGCUCUUACUCCUAUAAGUAUUACUUAAAUUUUAUCCCUAUAGGGAGCACUUUUUGUUCCCCUAUAAGGGUUAUUUUUUGCUCUAAUCCUGUAGGGACCACUCUGGCGUUCCUAGGUAGUUUUGAUUAUGGAAUUUUUUCAAGAAUAGUCUUAGAUCGAUUUUUUUUUGAGGUCAGUCUCAUCAGAAAAAAAAAGAUGAGCCGGAUUUUUCAGAUCUUAGGGCUUAUAACUUCCUCCAACGUUAUUUUAGGAAUUUUUAAAGCUAAAAUUCAAAAUCUGCGUGAAAAACUGUAUCUCGGGAAUUUUUCUUGAAGUUUUUUCUGAGAGUUGAGCCAGAAAUACCGACUGAAAAAAAUUUUUUGAAAAAAAUUCGAACAUUUUCAGAUCUACCUGGCCGAUUACCUGCCACAGAACCGGGUCGAGCUCCAGAAUUGGUUCGACGGAAAAUCGCGAUUCGACUGGUCCGUCCCCCUGAAAACGAUCCUGACCAGGGAGGGAAUCGACUGGUCCGAAUUGGAACGGGUUCAGCCCGCCACUAGGGAAAAGGUCUCUUAUUUUUAUCAUUUUUCAUGUCCUAAGGCUGAAAUUAAGCGUGUCAAUGUCCAAGUUAGUGCCACAGUUUGACAAAAAAAGGUACCAGGAUUUUUUUUUCGACUUUUCUCUGUGUUCAGCUACGUCGGGAAGUUCUGUUUGUGCGAUUUAAAGUCAAAAAGGGGCUUUUUUCCCCUGACCCCUCUAGGGACCACUUGAGCUUUAGGGACUAAGGAGUCGGACCCUAAGCUCAUAUAGGAACUACCUGAACUUCACCUCUAUAGGGGGCACUUUUCGUUCCCUAUAGGGUCUCCUCUAACCCCUAUAGUAACCACCUUUACGUCCCCUGCAGGGGCUGUUUUCUUCCUGACCUCUAAAGGGAUCCCUUGAGAUUUAAAGGCUAAGGGGUCGACCCUUCACCCCCACGGGAACUACUUAAGCUUUACUCUUAUAGGGACCACUUUUUCCUCCCCUAUAGGAGCUGCUUCUCCACUUAAGCCCUAUAGGGACCACUUGAGCUUGAGAGUGAACGAAUCCAUCUCUGAACCCCUAUUGGAUCCAUCUAAGUUUUACCCCUAUAGGGGCCACUGUUUGGUACCGUAUGAAAAGUGUUUCAUCUAGCCCUAUAGGGACCACUUUUUUGUUCCCUAUAGUGGCUGCUUCUUCCUCUAACACCUAUAGGGACCACCUUUUCGUCCCCUAGAGUGGUUGUUUUCCCUCUAACCCCUAUAGGGACCGCUCUAAGAUUCCUAAAAGCUUGUUUAAAUCUGAGAAAAGUUCAAAAGAUCUAGCCUUUUCUAAUUUCUUUAUAGUCGGACCUCGGUAACGAAAACAGGACGUAUCUGAGAGACUCUAGGGAUCACUUAAGAGGGAUGAAACCGCUUAAGUGGUCACUAGAAAUGCCCAGGGCGCGUUACCGAGGUGCUACCAUACUAACUUCCAGGGUUUUUAUUAAAAUAGCGACUUUUGGGAAAAGGAUAACUUAAGACUAGGGGAAGUUUUGUAGAUAAAAUGAUGAAAAUUAAGAAAUUUCCUGGUUGAUUCAUUGAAAAAAAAUAGUAAGAAUAAGAUUUUUCCAGGUCCGAGGCAUUUUCCACUGCGACUGCUUCGCCGACCCCUCCGUCGAAUGUCCCAAAGAACUUCAGAAGACUUUUGACGUCCGUUUUUAUUGAUCCAAUCAAAUUAUGACUGAUUAAUCGAUAUUUUCAGAUGGUCGUGACGAUUUUCUGCGUCGAGUACUGCUGCAACACCUACGAAGAGUACAAAUUGUCGAUCAAGAACAUUGCCGAGCAGAUCAAGCCGGGAGGUGGGCCUUUAGACUUUUUUCCCGUUUCAGAGAUAUGAUUAAUUGCUGGUAACUCAAAUUUGAUCGUUUUCCUCUCUAGUUUCAUUGAUCAUGCUGGAAAAGUCGGUCGGUCGAUUUGGAAAACUAGGCCACGCCAUAAUUUUGCUCUAUGGAUUUUUCAGAACCUUUAUCGUGGAUUUAUCACGAUUUGAAGCUUCUAGAAGCUUUUGCGCAGCUCUGAGCCCUUCCAAAAGUUUUAAAUAAGUCCUGAAAGCCUUUUAGUAGCUCUAUAGGUUUUCUCAAGUCUCCUAGUAGAUCUGAAGGUCUCCAAGAAGUUUUGAGACCUUUUGAAAGCUUACAAAGUUACCUAAAACAUAUUCAAGCUACCUGAGAAAAAUUUUAGAAGCUCUGUAGUUUUUCCCAAGUCUUCAAGAAGUUGUGAAGCGAUUUCAAAGCUUGAAAAGUCACUUAAAACUUGUUCUGGCUGCCUGGAAAUUUUUCAGAAGUUUAUUCAUUUUUCUAAGCUCUCUAGAAGUUAUGUAGGUCUCCAAGAAGCUGUGGGACCUUCUGAAGGUUCAAAAAGCUCCUUAAAACUUGUUUAGGCUACCGGAAACUUGGAGAAUUUUUUAGAAGCUUUCUAGAUUUUGCUAGAUGUUCUGAAGGCCUCCAAGAAGUUUUGUGAACCUUUCAGAGCUCAAAAAGUUACCUAAGAGUAGUUCAGGGUAGCUGAGAAAGUUUUUAGAAGCUUUAUGGGUUUCUUUAGAACUCCUAGAAGUUCUGAAGGUCUCCAAGAAGCUGUGGGACCUUCUGAAAGUUCAAAAAGCUGUCAAAACUUGUUCAGGCUACCUAGAGAGCUUCAAGAAGCUCUGUAGAUUUCCCCAGAUCUCUCAGAUAUUUUGAAGGUCUUCAAAAAGUCGUGGGACCUUCUGAAAGCUCUGAAAGUUACCUGAAUGUUUUUCAGCCCCCUGAAGAUGGGGAGCGUUUCGGGGAAGUUUUUAGUAGCUUCAAAGCCUUUUCCGAGUCUCCUAGAAGCUCUCAAGGUCUCUAAGACGUUUUGUGACUAUUUUUUUUAGCUCUAAAAGUUACCAAAAACUAGUUCAGACCACCUGGAAAUCUUUCAGAAGCCUAUAAAUUUUCCUAAGCUUCCUAGAAAUUCUGAAGGUCUCCGAGAAGUUGUGGGACCUUUUGAAUGCUCAAAAAGCUACCAAAAUCUGUUCAGGCAACUUAAAAAGUUUCUAGGAGCUCUGUAGAUUUUUUCAAGCUUCUUAGAGGUUUUGAUGGUCUUCAAGAAGUUGUUCUGACCGUUUUGAAGCUCUAAAAGUUACAUUAAACUUUUUCAGGCUGUCUAAAAAAAUUUUUCUAGUAGAUUUAUAUAUUUUAUCAAGCCUCCUAGAAGUCCAUAAGGUCUCUAAGAAGUUGUGCGAUACCUUUGAAGCUCAAGAAGUUACCUGAAACUUGUUUAGGCUAUCUGGGAAAGUUUCUAGAAGCUCUAUAGUUUCCUUUGAUCUCCUAGAAGAUCUGAUGGUCUCUAAGAAGUUGUGGGACAAUUUUGAAGCUCUAAAAGUUACCUAAAACUGGUUCAGGCUACCUGGGAAAGGUUUCAGUAGCUCUAUAGUUUCCUUUGAUCUCCUAGAAGAUCUGAUGGUCUCCAAGAAGCUGUAGGACAAGUUCGAAGCUCUAAACGCUACUUUGAAAUUGUUCAGGCUACCUGGAGGAGUUCCUAGUAGCUCUGUAGGUUUUUCCAAGUUAAGUAGAAGUUCUCAAUUUUUCUAAGAAGUUGUGUGGCAAUUUUGAAGCUGAAGAAAUUACCUGAAACUCGUUUAGGCUACCUGGAAAAGUUCCUAGUAGUCCUCAGGGUCUCUAAGAAGUUGUGCGACAGUUUCAAAGCUCAGAAAGUUACCUGAAACUUUUUCAGGCUACCUGGUGAUGGGCGGAAUCCUGGAAGAGACCUGGUGCUCCUUCGGAGGCCGAAAGUUCACCUGUCUCUACAUAACCAAGGAGAUGAUGCUCUCGGCCCUCGAAGAAGUCGGACUUUUCGUCGAGAAAGACAGGACCUGCGUCCUCUACGAGAUCAACGGCAUGUUCAUGAUCUUGGCCAAGAAACAGCUUUAG